AACCAGGACCCAUAAAGCUACAACACACAGCUGCACCAGCCACAACACAGCUGCACCAGCCACAACACAGCUGCACCAGCCACAACACAGCUGCACCAGCCACAACACAGCUGCACCAGCCACAACACAGCUGCACCAGCCACAACACAGCUGCACCAGCUACAACACAGCUGCACCAGCCCCAACACAGCCCGCACCAGCCACAACACAGCUGCACCAGCCACAACACAGCUGCACCAGCCACAACACAGCUGCACCAGCUAUAACACAGCUGCACCAGCCACAACACAGCUGCACCAGCCACAACACAGCUGCACCAGCCACAACACAGCUGGACUCAACACAGCUCUACUGGAUUUCCUCCCAUAGUGUCCAUCAUGAGCAAGCAUCUGCUGUUUAUAUCUCUCUCAGUAGUUGCCCAGUUUCAAGGGAUGUGUUGAAGAUUGUGGUUAGGGGCACGCACAGCAUCUCUGCUCCUUCUUUAAGGACCCAUGGGGAGAUGUCCGGUUCCAUCGCCUUCGAGGUAUCAAGGUCACUUAGCAGCUUCUGCACCUCCUCCUCGGUUGUUCGUGUCGUGUGUGUUAUUGCUGCUGGGAGCCACGGAGGCCCUCUCCGUAGACUUGUGUGAGCCAGACUGCGCCGGCGCCACGCCCGGGACACUGGUAGAGGAUCCUGCAAACUGCACUCGAUACUAUGUCUGUCUGGAUGAUGACUUGCCUACGGAGAACCCCUUAUCUUGUCCUUCAGGUACGAGUUUCGAAUCCUCAGGUUGUACUGGUGACGUUCCAUGUGACCCUUCUUGCACGCCAGCGGUCUGUCACUUAACAUGCAACAAUUCCAUAACCGUGGACUCAAUCUCCGACCCGAAGGACUGCAGCAUCUAUUAUGUCUGCACGAACGGCGACGUCUUGGGGCCGAUGGAGUGCCCGGCGAGUACACCAUACUUUGACGGGGAGACCUGCGUUAAUGACAAAUCUGCUUGUUGUGGUGACCUGUGUGUUCCGUACUGUCAACCCGGAGAAAUACAAGUCCCAGACCCCAUCGACUGCACCAAAUACUACGUAUGCCCUGAGACUGGAGCUGUCAAACCAGAAUAUCAUUUUACCUGCCCUUCAGGGUCCAACUUUGAAGUGGCUUUGGGUACAUGUGUAGCAGACGCCCCUUGUAUUAUACUAUGCACUGACAGCGCUAGCACGGUCUCACCUUCUUUUAACUGUACAGCCUCAAUGACAUGCUCCUCCGCCGGCUACUUUGCUAAAUGCUCUUACUGCCAGCCACAGUAUUAUCACUGUACACAAGCAGGUCAUGAGGCUGUCGUAGAGAGCUGCGCAGGAACCUUAGUUUUCAACCCUGACCCCGGCUACCCUUACUGUAUCUCUUCCUCUGACUGUCCCUACAAGCCACUGUUCUGAAUAUGCUAUCCAUUGAUAUUUGCCCACCAACUGCCCGCUUUGAAUCUAUUGUCCACUCACUCAUGCCAGAUGUAGGUAACUCUCUCUCCUUGACCCACCACCUGCAUUUGUAAAGCAACUGAACCUAGUUGUAACAUCUUUGUAAACCUUUGGUGAACCUCAUAUUGAUGAACUAUGAUUGUUUUGUGAAUCACCACACACACACACAUACACACAUACCACACACACACACACACACACACACACACACACACACACACACACACAUACACACAUACACACACACACACACAUACACACACACAUACACACACACAUACACACACACAUACACACACAUACGAAAAAACUCCUGGUUUCAUUUCCGGCACUCCCAGCCGGGACUCGGAGCAGUCUCUCCCCCUCACACACAACUGGACGAGCACACGCGCUCUGAAUAAACAAAUUCAUGCAUAAUGUUAUAAAAUUAAUAUGAACUUAAUAAUAUAUGACAUGUAGCCAAUAAAAUACCCCAAAUAAAUAUCAAUAUUUCUUCUUCUA